UAGAAGCGGGAACAAAAAGACUCUGGCUUAUCCAGAGAACUACAGAACCUGCAACGACUUGUUCAAAUUGUUGUGGAAAAUGGUUCUAGUUGUCGCAGGCAUAAACAGUGUAAAAACAGAUGCGGAGAACACUAAAGUACGGAAGGCAAGACUUGGAACUGAUGAGUUAUUUCCAGCUAAUUAUAGCACCUGCAUUGAAUUUGUCAAGCUUGCGAACAAGGCAUUGCUGACGUUUCUUGGAUUAGGAUUCACCGCAAUAACAAAGAUAGAGAGCAACAAAAAGAAGCACACAUGGGCCGUUCAAAUCUUGAACGAACUUCUAGAACUUCAUUCCACAUAUGAAGAUGCUGCUUCCACAUCUGGGGAUCAUGCGCGCGAGUCUGCACAAUCCCGAACAAAGGAAUCAGAAGAAACAAUGCCUUACGGUCUUCUUCCAGAUCAACUGAUCAGUAGUGAAACUCCGCCCACUGAUUCUAUGAAAACUACGGGAAGUACUAAUGGGAUGGAGAAAACCCUUAAAACGGCGAAGACGAUCAUUUUAAUUGAUUCUAAAAAUGGCGUCAAUGAUAUUGUGAAGAAAGUACAAGAACUUCUUCCGAUUUCCAUACAAGAUAGGAAUGCUGAGAGCAAGAAUCUAAUGAUGAUCGUAGAUCAGGAUAAACCAGCUCCUGAAAUGCCAAAGAAAGAGACACCAAUAUUACUUGCAGCCAAGAAUGGAAUCGUUGAAAUUGUGAAAAGAAUCCUAGAAGUCUGUCCAAUUGCCAUUAAUGACGUGAAUGCAGAUAGUAAGAACAUAGUAUUGUUGGCGGUGGAGUACAGGCAACCAAAGGUACUAUAUGAACUCUUUCUACGACGAAAUAACUUGAAAGAGACCAUGUUUCGACAGUUGGAUAAUGAAGAGAAUAGUGCCCUGCAUCUUGCGGCAAAGCUUGGAGACAAACAGCCAUGGCGAAUUCCCGGGGCAGCAUUGCAAAUGCAAUGGGAAAACAAGUGGUAUGAGUAUGUCAGGGAUUCCAUGCCCCCCAACUUUUUCCCCCUCUACAACAAGGAGGGCAAGACCCCACGCGACUUGUUCACUGAAACCCACAAAGACCUUGUAAAGAAUGGUAGCAAGUGGCUAACAAACACUUCUCAAUCCUGUUCCGUCGUAGCUGCACUCAUUGCCACAGUGGCCUUUACUGCCUCCACCACGGUCCCCGGAGGCUUCGAGAGUACUGGCAUUCCAGCGCUCGAAAACAAGCCUGGUUUUGACCUCUUCGCGGUCUCAUCACUCGUUGCUCUCUGCUUCUCGAUCACGGCCUUAGUCAUGUUCCUCGCCAUCUUAACAUCACGAUACCAAGAGAGAGAUUUUGGCAGGAACUUACCGAGGAAACUCUUGCUGGGUUUAACAUCUUUGUUCGUGUCCAUAGCCGCGAUGCUAAUUUCAUUUUGUGGGGGCCAUUUCUAUGUGCUGCAGGACCAGCUAAAAUUUGCGGCGAUUCCAGUGUAUGCAGUGACAUGCCUACCUGUAACCUUUUUUGCUAUGGCGCAGUUUCCUCUUUAUAUUGAUCUUUUACGGGCUACCGUAUCGAAGGUGCCACAACGCAGCCACAAGGUGGAUCCCUGACAUUUUUAAUUCCAUUUGUGUGCGGAUGCUACAUCUCGAUCUACUUCCGUGGCGGAACCAGCAAUUGUCUAGAGGGUGCCUAUUUUUCUUUCGUGUGACAUAGCUUUGUAAGAUUAAGAAAAAAAAUAAAAUAAAAUUAU